AUGGGGAGAGCGAUGGUCGGAAAACCGGCGCCAGAAUUUUCUGCCGACAGUGUGUCUGACUUGGAUUUCACCACAGUUUCUCUGUCCGAUUACAAUGGCCGUUAUAUUAUCCUGUUGUUCUAUCCCAAUGAUUUCUCACGCAUUUGUUCGGCAGAAUUACUGGCUUUCUCGAACGAAAUGGAUCAGUUUAAGGCACUUGGUUGUUCAAUCUUGGCCAUUUCAACAGAUUCAAAGUUCGCACAUUUUGCAUGGUCGUCACAGCCAACAAAUGUUGGUGGCGUAAACGGCAUUAGAUAUCCUUUGUGUGCAGACAAAAAUUAUAUGAUUUCUCGCGAAUAUGGCGUUAUGAAUGAAGAUGAAGGCACUUCACACAGGGGCCUUUUUGUUAUUGACAGCGCUGGAGUGAUCAGAUUCAUGUCUGUAAAUGACUUGUGUAUAGAACGCUCCGUUGACGAAGUGAUAAGGAUUGUAAGCGCUAUACAGUAUGCGGAUAAAUACGGGACGACAUGUCCAGCUGACUGGAAACCAAGAAAAUUAACUUUAACCACAGAAUCAAAAGCUCCUUUGAAGACGGAUGUAAAGAACAAAGAAAAUCACCGGAAAUAA